GUUGUGUAUAUUUAUAAAGAACCAAACACACGUAUAUGGUCAUAUGACCACAAGCAAGACUUUUUACUUUUAUCCCAACGUUACGCCAAAAAUAAAAUAACAGCGAGCUGACAACAAAAUGACAAAGCUUCAGAUCAUUAACACAUUUCUGACGGAGCGCCUAAUGGCGGCGCUGAAUGAAAUCAUGGACAUGGUCGGCGAGACAGUCCUGCAGUAUGAGACAGAGCUGGACACCUUACAAAAAGACAACGAGUACCUGAGACGGACACUGAAGGAGACUGAGAAACUCUUCGAGUCCAACGACCCUCCUGCAUCUUUUACAAGUCCGGGAAUCUCAAACUCCGAACCAGCAUCUCCACCCCAGCAGCUGGAAUGGAAGCCUAGCUUUGAAACAGAAACGAUGCCUACAGAGAUCUAUGAGAACCAGGUACCCGACGAGCAGCUCACCAGCACAAAAGUGGAAGGGUUCUCCAGUCAUUCUCCUCUGGUGACUGAACCUGAUCUCAAUAUAUCCUGUUCGCCCUUAAGAAGCACACUCACUACAACAGAUAAAAACUUUAAAACAUCAACAUUCAUAGAAUUUCCUUGUGAUGUUAAAACAGAGCCUGUGGAGACUCUUGAUCCACUGUCCACUAGUACUAACACAUUGAUCCACAGCCCAUUACCUCAUUGCACUGCUCAGGUGUCAGCUACUGCUGAUGUUAGUCACAGGUCUGAUCCUAAUGUUUUCAGCAUAUUAAAUUCCAGAACUGAUCUAGAAUCAGCUAAUCGUAUGUCCGGUUGCCCCAAGUUAAAGCCUAGAACCUUGAAGGUGUCCGUGAAGAAGACAAGCACCAGUGUGUUAAAGACACGUCCUGAUAUAGCUCACAUCAACUAUAGCACCUCUCAUCAAAACGCUGAUUCUGGAUCAGCUAAGAAUGGGACACGUGAUACAAUAAGCACCAAUGGACAUCUCAACGAUGUGGUCAAUCCUCCAUAUCACGUCACGCCUUUCGGUAAAGGAUCCAGGCAGGGAAGAGGUCGAGGCAGAGGUACGGGGAAACAUGCAUGCUCCCAGUGUGGAAAACUGUUCCCACAUCAUUCACGGCUGAAGGUGCACAUGCGCAUUCAUACGGGGGAAAAGCCGUAUGCCUGUGCCCAGUGUGGAAAACGGUUCAACAAUGAUGGAACUUUGAGGAACCACAGGCGUGUGCAUCUACAGUUGCGUCUUUAUGGCUGUCCGGUGUGCUCACGCAGCUUUAAGGAUGCGUACACGUGCCGGAAUCACAUGCGCCUACAUGAUAACUCCACGCUGUUUCUACCUCCGCAGGCAAAAUAAAGAGGACUUAAGUUACAAACCUAGGAAAGGUUUCCGCACUGAUCACUGAUCAACUUUUUUAUGAGCGCUUCGGAUAAGCCUUGUAGUGUUAAGUUGUUAAUCAGCACUGAACACUCAUUUCACAUAAACAAUGGAGACUUUCAAAAUUUACUAUAAUGCCAUGAACACAACUGAGAGACGUGUUAAAUAUAGAAAUUCACAUGACGAUCUUCAGUUGAAAAGCCUAAAUAGCACCUAUUGCAUUGCUAAAAACAGCGUUAUAUUGUUUAUUUGGUAUAAUACAAUGUGUUUUCAUGGUUUAUGGCAAAAAAACACAUUAUUUUCCACAUAAAGUACAUUUUUGUAUCUCCAAUUAUCCUGCCUUCCUCAAACGCAUUGAUUUUGUACAAAAUUCAUCGCUAAGCGCUGUGUCCCUGAUUGGCCAGCUAAUCUGUACGUUGUGAUUGGCCUGAAUACCUCUGACGUCAGCCGGAAAUGUGACGCUCCUUACCAUGUUUGAAAGAUUUGCUCACAAUGCAAUGCUAACAGGAGUUAAUUCACAGGUUGUGAGUCAAAGCGUGAGGAAUUAUGAUAAUGUCGGUCUUUCCUACAUCACCAAUCCCAGGAAGUAAACUGUUGCCUACAAUCCAAACACCAAAGGAAAUGUAAAAUCGUGAAUCGGAUGAUAGUUGCUCUUUAAUGUUAAUGCUGUUUGCACUUGUCUUCAGACUUGUAGGAUGACACUAACUACAAAAAAUUAUCCAGUGCCGUCUUUAAUCAAAUAAAUUUGCCGGCCUUUAAUAAAUUGUUUAAAUGGAAAUACGAUUUAAUAGAUUGAUGCAUCACUUGUCACGUUUUGCACAUCCCUAUUCCCACAAAACUUAUUCAAGAGAUUGUUAACUCUUUCCCCGCCAGCAUUUUUCAUGAUUUUCACAAAAGUUUAAUGCCUUCCAGCAAAUGCUCUUAUUUGAAAAUAUAAAUAUAAAAAAAGUUUCAUCCUA